AUGACAAUUUCUAAUUUGUUAAAACAGAGAGUUCGGUACGCUCCUUACCUAAAGAAAGUUAAGGAAGCUCACGAGCUUAUUCCAUUGUUCAAGAAUGGGCAAUAUCUUGGAUGGUCCGGUUUUACAGGGGUGGGUACUCCCAAGGCAGUGCCAGAAGCGCUGAUAGAUCACGUGGAGAAGAACAAUUUGCAAGGGAAGUUGAGGUUCAACCUUUUCGUCGGAGCUUCUGCUGGUCCAGAGGAAAACCGUUGGGCUGAACAUGACAUGAUUAUUAAAAGAGCACCUCAUCAAGUGGGGAAACCCAUCUCGAAGGCAAUUAACCAGGGUAGAAUUGAGUUCUUCGAUAAGCAUCUUUCGAUGUUCCCUCAGGAUCUGACCUACGGAUUCUAUACUAGGGAAAGAACAGAUAAUAAGAUUCUUGAUUACACUAUAAUCGAGGCGACUGCCAUUAAAGAGGACGGGUCUAUUGUCCCGGGCCCCUCUGUUGGUGGUUCUCCGGAAUUUAUUACGGUCAGUGAUAAAGUGAUUAUUGAAGUUAACACAGCCACACCUUCAUUCGAGGGUAUCCACGAUAUAGACAUGCCCGUGAACCCACCUUUCAGGAAACCUUACCCAUAUUUGAAGGUCGACGAUAAGUGUGGCGUAGACUCCAUCCCAGUUGACCCGGAGAAAGUUGUUGCGAUUGUAGAGUCCACCAUGAGGGACCAAGUGCCACCAAACACCCCCUCAGACGAUAUGUCUAGGGCUAUUGCCGGUCAUUUGGUCGAGUUUUUUAGAAAUGAGGUCAGACACGGUAGGCUACCUGAAAACUUGCUGCCUUUACAAAGUGGUAUUGGUAACAUUGCUAACGCCGUUAUUGAAGGGCUUGCUGGUGCCCAAUUCAAGCAUCUAACUGUAUGGACCGAGGUGUUACAGGACUCAUUCUUGGAUCUUUUCGAAAAUGGAUCUUUGGACUACGCCACUGCAACCUCCGUGAGGUUGACUGAAAAAGGUUUCGAUAGAGCUUUUGCAAACUGGGAAAAUUUCAAACACAGAUUAUGUUUAAGAUCUCAGGUUGUCUCGAAUAACCCGGAAAUGAUCCGUAGAUUAGGUGUCAUUGCCAUGAAUACCCCAGUGGAAGUUGACAUCUACGCUCAUGCCAAUUCCACAAACGUCAAUGGCUCCCGUAUGUUGAAUGGGUUGGGUGGAUCAGCAGACUUCUUGAGAAAUGCAAAAUUAUCGAUCAUGCACGCCCCAUCUGCAAGACCCACUAAGGUAGACCCGACUGGUAUUUCCACCAUCGUGCCUAUGGCAUCUCAUGUAGACCAAACUGAACAUGAUCUGGACAUCUUAGUCACCGAUCAAGGUUUGGCGGAUCUAAGAGGUCUAUCACCUAAGGAAAGAGCUCGUGAAAUUAUCAGCAAAUGUGCUCAUCCCGACUACCAAGCCUUGUUGACUGACUACUUGGACAGAUCAGAACAUUAUGCUAAGAAGCACAACUGUUUGCAUGAACCACACAUGCUAAAGAAUGCCUUCAAGUUCCACACUAAUUUGGCUGAAAAGGGUACAAUGAAGGUUGACAGUUGGGAACCAGUUGACUAG